AUGGUAUUAUUAGCUCGUCCCCUUUCCUCCUGCUGCAUUCGUCCCAUCUCUACGCGGGCACUCUCUACGACCACAGCAGCAGCUCGUUCUGUUCGCAAUGCUCGGUCUUAUAUGCCACUGCGCGCUGAUCUGACGUCACGCGCAGCUCUGGCGUAUAAGAGUUCAUCCGCGACCCUAUUUAAUCCCCCAUCGUUACGAGUUCCUGCUUCGACGCGAUUACUAACUACGCAACGUGAAAAGGUCAAAGUUCUAUUAGUGCUAUACGAUGGAGGCAAGCAUGCCGAAGAGGUGCCCGAGCUACUGGGAACGACCGAGAACGAACUUGGUAUCCGAAAAUGGCUCGAAGAUCAGGGUCACACACUCGUUACCACAUCCGACAAGGAGGGAGAGAACUCCACCUUCGACAAGGAGCUCGUAGACGCUGAGAUCAUCAUUACUACUCCCUUCCACCCAGGCUACCUAACCGCCGAGCGAUUAGCCAAGGCUAAGAAGCUAAAGCUCGCCAUCACUGCCGGUAUUGGUUCCGACCAUGUGGACCUCAACGCGGCAAACAAGACGAACGGCGGUGUCACGGUAGCCGAAGUGACAGGCUCUAACGUCGUGUCGGUAGCAGAGCACGUGGUAAUGACGAUCCUAGUCCUAGUCCGCAACUUCGUGCCGGCGCACGAGAUGAUCGAAGCCGGCGAGUGGGAAGUCGCCGCCGCCGCCAAGAACGAGUACGACCUGGAGAACAAGGUUGUCGGCACGGUCGCCGUCGGCCGCAUCGGCGAGCGUGUCCUGCGCCGCCUCAAGGCCUUCGACUGCAAGGAGCUCCUAUACUACGACUACCAGCCCCUGAGGCCCGAGGUCGAGAAGGAGAUCGGCUGCCGCCGCGUCGACAGCCUCGAGGAGAUGCUUGGCCAGUGCGACGUCGUCACCAUCAACUGCCCUCUGCACGAGAAGACCCGCGGCCUAUUCAACAAGGACCUCAUCGCUAAGAUGAAGCCUGGUUCAUGGCUGAUCAACACUGCUCGCGGCGCCAUCGUCGUGAAGGAAGACGUAGCCGAGGCGCUCAAGACGGGCCACCUACGAGGCUACGGUGGUGACGUGUGGUUCCCCCAGCCGGCGCCCAAGGACCACGUUCUGCGAUACGCCAAGAACCCCUUCGGCGGCGGCAACGCCAUGGUACCUCACAUGUCGGGCACAUCAAUCGACGCACAGAAGCGCUACGCCGCCGGCACCAAGGCCAUCCUCGACAGCUACCUGUCCGGCCGUCACGACUACCGCCUUGAGGACCUUAUCGUCAAGGACGGCGACUACGUCACCAAGGCCUACGGCCAACGAAGCAAGGCUUAA